AUCAUGAUUCCCACUCAGCUGUUACUGUAAGUCGCUCUCACUUUCCACUUGCAUCCAUUCACAAAUCUGCGCCGUUGAUCAGCAGCAGCAGCAGGAAAAAGUCGGGUUUGGAGAAUCACCACCACCAACCACGCGUCGGAUUAAUCAGCUCGUCUGUCAGUUUUGGAGCAACUUGUUGCGCAGCUGUUAUUUCUAACCCUCUCUGUGGUCUAUUUGACUGCAGCGAGACGGGUCUUGAACAGAAGCAAAACAGCCGCUGCUAUGCGUUUCCAUCGGCUCCUGGUGUUUUCUGUGAGGGAACACACAUGGAUGAAGCGGUGAUUUCCUCACAGUUUCGGUGCGUACAGGCCAAAAGAGAGAUGACGCGGCCUCGCAGGAUCCUUUCACCUUCUUGUGUGUGCGUUUUUUGUUUGUUUGUUUAAAUGAAAUCCUAGAAGUCCUACAGUGAAAUUCUCGAGUCUCUUUAAUAUGAUCAAAGGAACAGGGGAUGAGAGUCAUGAGCUGCCACGGACUGGACUGGAGCCACAGCCUCAUCUGCCUGACUUUACUACUGUGGACCAGACGCAUGAAUGGACUGGCUGACUUCUCAAGCUACCUAUCCAGGAUCAUCACCAGCCACUCUGCUCACGCCUGUGACGGACAGCCUCUGAGACUCCACUGUCCACGUCACUCCACCAUCUCCAUCCAGUCUGCUUUCUAUGGAAGCGGCGAGGUGCGGCUGUGCAGAGCAGACCCAGACCCUCCGCCCAGAGGCCACAACCACAGCUGUUCAGCUUUUACUGCUCUACAGAAGCUGCUGUCAGAGUGUCAGAGCCACAGAGAUUGCCAGCUGCCUGUCAAUCACCUGCUGUUUGGGAAGGACCCCUGCCCCGGCACAACCAAAUACCUCCAUGUGCACUACAAGUGUAAACCCACUGAACACAAAAGACAUGUGGCAUGUGAAGGAGAGACCAUGGUCCUGCGCUGUAAGCCCCCCAAGGUGCUGAACAUCUAUGCAGCUGUCUACGGACGAAGUCUGGGUCAGACGGACACCUGCCCCUCACACCUGACAAGACCACCCCCAUUUGAGUGUCUGAACCAUGAAGCUGUACACUUGGUGUCCAAGUCCUGCUACAGCAAACAGAAGUGCGUCGUUGCCGUGAACAACCAGACCUUUAGAGACCCCUGCUUUCCAGGAACCAGGAAGUACCUCAGUGUGAUCUAUUCUUGUGUACCACAGACUUUACUAAGGGAGGCAGACCCGAACAUAUUCACUUCCACCUCAUCGCCCACUGUGGAUACAGAGAAAGCUUCUCCUGCAGAUCCAGAGGAGCCUUUUUCCACCAGGACAAGCCGGCCAGACAGCGCAGGAGCUAUGAUGAGCAACUCUCUCCUGACUUAUGCCUACAUCAAAGGUAAUGUUUUUCACAAGCGUGCACUCAUGCAAUCACCACGCAGUCCGUGCUUUGCUACAACCCUUCCUUUUAUUUUGAUCACAGAGCACCCAGAAAUGGCAGCACUGCUGUUUACCUCGAGUGUGUGUGUUGGUCUUCUGCUCACGCUGCUGGCUGUUUCUGUCCGAGUGACCUGCAGAGGGAAGCAGCAUCGGGACCACAGACUCGCACCCAAGUCUGGUAUCCACGAGGAGGAGGAUGAUGAGGACGAUGACGAAGAUGACGACGACGACAACGGCGAGUUGACAGAAAACUCUUUAAUCUCAGCCGCAGACAGGAAGGCGCUGCAUGGCUGGGAGGAGGUGACGUAUGUGAGCGAGGCUGCCGAACGGGCCGAGAGGAUCGAGCGCAGAGAGAUGAUCAUGCAGGAGAUCUGGAUGAACUCCUAUCUGAAUGGCACCUCAUGCUAAAUCCAUCAUGGACCAAUGGAUGCUGGUCUGCAUCUUCAGGAUUUUUUUUUUCAAGAUGCAGGUCUUUACGUUGGAUCAUUGACGUUCCAAGAAAUGUUUUGUUGUAUUUUUGCCAUUUUUGUUUGAGAAUUCACUUUCUGAAGGUCAACAAGGGUUUAUGCUGCAAAAUGGGCGAUCAUGGGCAUUAAAGUGAUGCAUUUAUUCACAGUGAUCACUAAGUGAAGCUCAGAUUGUAGGCUAAAUUCACUGAUCAGAUGUCAUAAAGCUCCCAUGUCAUUCAAGAAUAUUAUUGUAGUGAUUCGUUGUCAAGCAGCUUCAUAACAGCUGCACUGGUUAUAUAAACCAAAGAACAUGUCAGGGACCAUUAAACAAUUUCAGCUCUAAUCCAAAACUGCCUUUUAACACCAGGAUUAAAUCAGAGUUUUUUAAACACAUUUGAAAAGAAAGACCUUUUUUGUAAUUGUGGUAAACAAUUUUUAGAGCUCAAUUAAAAACACAGCAUAAGCCAUUUUGAUUUGUUAUGACAGACAAAUAUAGGUAAUUGCCAUGUUUUUUAGUCCCUGUAGUAUAACUACUUUAGUGGUAGUUAAACUUGGCAGCUAUUCCCACCAGAGAUUAUCCAGUUUCACCUGCCACAACUAAUCACCGUCUCUUCAAAGAGGUGUCAGAUUUGAAUGUACAAUAAAAGGUUUUUUUAUGCAGUAUUUCUUGAAACUGGCCACACCUCUUUGAAUCACGGCAUCAGCGCCACCCACACAGUGACCAGUGUGUGAAACAGUCUGACCUCUGCAGCUUCCUCAUGCCUGCUGGGAUGACCACACACCGCUACGUAGCACCUUCCUGCUUCAGAGCAGCGCCGACUUUCAGAGAUGUGUGUGCCACUAACAGGAGACAAAGAGAGGAAAGGUGUUGCAUCCUUGUCGCUGCACUCCAAGGGAAGUUAUGAGACUUUUACUGAGACAUUUAUACAGAAUUAAUACAAAUUGUACCAACAUUGUGUAUACAGAGGUUACACUGGUAAAUGUCAAGUUUUAUUUUUUCUUUUUUCACACAGUAAAAAUUUACAGAUGAUACUUUUUUUAAAAAAACAUUUUGUUUGCACAGCUUCAAUAAAAAUGAGUAAAACAGGAAGGCCA